AGCCGAGCCGAGCCGCGGCGCAGCAGAGGCGGGCGGCGCGGCGCUGCGCGGAGGCCGCUCGGGGCCGAUGAUCCGGAACGGAGGCGGGGCGGCGGGGCCGCCGCGGGAGCGGCGCAGCGUGCGGGUCUGGUGCGACGGAUGCUACGACAUGGUCCACUACGGGCACUCCAACCAGCUGCGCCAGGCGCGGGCCAUGGGCGACUACCUCAUCGUCGGAGUCCACACGGACGAGGAGAUCUCCAAGCACAAGGGCCCGCCGGUCUUCACCCAGGAGGAGCGCUACAAGAUGGUCCGGGCCAUCAAGUGGGUGGACGAGAUCGUGGCCGGCGCCCCGUACGUCACCACCCUGGACACCCUGGACAAGUACGACUGCGAUUUCUGCGUCCACGGAGAUGACAUCACCCUGACGGUGGAUGGGCGGGACACUUACGAGGAGGUGAAGCAGGCUGGCAGAUACAGGGAAUGCAAACGCACCCAGGGCGUGUCCACCACCGACCUGGUCGGCCGGAUGCUGCUCAUGACCAAGGCUCAUCACAGCAACCUGGAGGUACGGUCGGAGUACCAGGAGUACACGGACAGUUUUGGCAAGUGCCCGGGGGGCCGCAGCCCCUGGACGGGCGUGUCCCAGUUCCUGCAGACGUCCCAGAAGAUCAUCCAGUUCGCCUCCGGGAAGGAGCCCAAGCCGGGGGACACCAUCAUCUACGUGGCCGGAGCCUUCGACCUGUUCCACAUCGGCCACGUGGACUUCCUGGAGAAGGUCUACCGGCUGGCCGAGCGGCCCUACGUCAUCGCCGGCCUCCACUUCGACCAGGAGGUGAACCACUACAAGGGCAAGAACUAUCCCAUCAUGAACGUGCACGAGAGAACGCUGAGCGUGCUGGCCUGCAGGUACGUAUCGGAGGUGGUGAUCGGAGCCCCCUACGCCGUCACGGCCGACCUCCUGGAUCACUUCAAGGUGGACCUGGUGUGUCACGGCGAGACCGAAGUGGUUCCGGACAAGGACGGCUCGGACCCUUACCAGGAACCCAAGAACCGGGGCAUCUUCCGGCAGAUCAGCAGCGGCAACGACCUCACCACCGACCUCAUCGUGCAGAGAAUCAUCAAGAACCGCCCGCCCGAUCGCAGGCUGGAGUUCGAGGCGAGGAACCAGAAGAAGGAAGCCAAGGAGCUGGCCGUGCUGGAGGCCAUGAGGAAACGGGAGGAGCUGACCUCGCGGGACUAGCCCCCCGCCCCUCCCGCCGCACGUGAAGGAGGAACCCGGGGAGCCCC